CGAAAGGUUUAUUUUACUGAACCUGGGGCAACCUCAGUUCCAGGAGUGACUCCACAUCUUAGGGCUACUUUUGAUGCAUUUCAUUUCUGAUUCUCUGAACCAUGCUUUUCCCUCUAGCACUUGAACAGGACUCCUUUGCCAUCAGCAUGGAAGACACUUACAUCGACUCCCUGGACCCUGAAAAGUUAUUACAGUGCCCCUAUGAUAAAAACCACCAGAUCAGGGCCUGCAGGUUUCCUUAUCAUCUUAUCAAGUGCAGAAAGAAUCAUCCUGAUGUCGCAAACAAAUUGGCUACUUGUCCCUUCAAUGCUCGGCACCAGGUUCCCCGGGCUGAGAUCAGUCAUCACAUCUCGAGCUGUGAUGACAAGAGCUGUAUUGAGCAGGAUGUGGUCAACCAAACCAGGAACCUUGGACAAGAGACUCUGGCUGAGAGCACAUGGCAGUGCCCUCCUUGUGAUGAAGACUGGGAUAAAGACUUGUGGGAACAGACUAGCACCCCUUUUGUCUGGGGCACAGCCAGUUUCUGUGGCAACAACAGUCCUGCAAACAACAUAGUUAUGGAACAUAAGAGUAACCUUGCUUCAGGCAUGCGAGUUCCCAAGUCUCUGCCCUAUGUUCUACCAUGGAAAAACAAUGGAAAUGCACAGUAACUGUGAACAUCUUUUUCAAAUGCCAGACUGUGGAAGACUCUUGCUUAUUCCUGCUACCAAGGGUUCUUCUUUUUUCUCUUUAUCUAAUUAUAGAACAGUAAACUGUCUGUGACUUUCAAA